CAGCGAUAGUUUGUUGGGAAAUUUUGCAACCACAAGCGACCAGAGGAAGGAAGCGUCAAGUGGGCAGAAAAGCAAUACAACAUCGCUUUUUUUCUAGUUUUUUGGAACGGAGAUUUCCAUGCGCUUUUGAAUUUAAGCAGAAAGCCGAAAUCAACUACACCACUACACGGGGAAAAAAAGGCAGCACACAACGAGGGCAGAACAAACGUGUGUCUUUGUGUCGUUUGGUACGGCGUGAGCGUGAGGAGAAAGUGAAUUAAGAUCCAGCGGACGGUUCGAACGAUCAGUCGCUAGUGAACGAUCGUGUCGGAAGCAACUCAACUACAAGUGCAGUUUAAUUUUCGUUCGACCAACGUUCGGCUCAACGGUUGAUAAUUUGCUUUCAGUGAUUUUUAUCCCGUAAAAGCAACUACACUAGUCAUGGAUGAUCUCACCCCAGAGCAGAUUGCGAUCCUGAAGAAGGCGUUCAGCAGCUUCGAUCGCGAGAAGACGGGCAGCAUUUCGUCUGACAUGGUGGCGGAAAUCCUGCGACUGAUGGGUCAACCCUUUAACAGCAAGAUCCUCGAGGAGAUGAUUGAGGAGGUUGAUGAGGACAAAUCUGGACAGAUUGAGUUCGCCGAGUUCGUGACCCUUGCCGCCAAGUUCAUCGUUGAGGAGGACGAGGAAGCGCUGCAGAAGGAGCUGCGCGAAGCGUUCCGUCUGUACGAUAAGGAGGGCAACGGAUUCAUUCCGACCACCUGUCUGCGGGAGAUCUUGCGCGAGCUGGACGAUCAGCUUACGGACGAGGAUCUGGACAUGAUGAUCGAGGAAAUCGAUUCGGACGGUUCCGGUACGGUUGACUUUGAUGAGUUUAUGGAGAUGAUGACCGGUUAAGGUGUUUGUUGAGUGCGGCGAUCAACAGUGCGGCCGCCAUCCUGUUUCAACUUUUUAUUGCAUCUUCCUGUUUCCUGUCUCAUCAUCCACACUCUUCCUACGAUCGAUCCUAGCUAGCUCCGGAGCAAGUAUCUUCACCGACCCCCCCAAAAAGGUUUCAUUACUACAAAAACAAAACCCCUAUUUCAUGCAGCUCAUUGUUCAUACUAUUAAUGGUAUUUAGUUUUGAUACACUAUGAAUACACCGCGCCUAUGGUUGGGUGCGGUGAUGCGUAGCAAAUUCUUAAAUUAAGAAUGAGUCUCGGUCUGUACUGGUAUUCACAUCACUUGAACUGAUUUUGCUACUGGCACUGUCAUCGAAGGUCCUCGCGAUCACGAGUGGGUCUCAGGACCCGGACGUGAAAACAUUGUAAGAAAAGUAGUUUUUGCCCUCAUCCAACAGCAGUAGCACCGUAAAGGAAUCUUUACAAAAGCCAAAUUCAGGUCUUAGUUAGGCAGUUGAUGGUUUGGGAAAUUCAGAAACCGAAUGAUUCUGUGUGUUCAACACGCAUUACAUGUGCUCAGCAGUAGCAGACUGUUUCAUUCUUAUACUACACGGAGUUCGUCGAACGCUAUUACUGAUUUGAUACUGUUUCUUUCUGUACUGUAUUAUUAAUAUUUAAUAAAGCUACCAGUUUAAUAAA